GUCGGCCAGUCGGGCCACGGGCCCGCUCUACCUCUGCGUUGGAACCCAAGUCACUUCCGCCGUGUCGCCCGCUCACACCCAUCGGUAGGCUCCGCUGUGCACGGCAAGCCGCCGGGACCGCCUGGGCCCCGGGGGCGCGUCUGGGGGCGGGCCCCUGCGCCUCCGCAGAAGGGUAGAGAGGGGCCGAGGAGGUGGGCUGCCCCGGGACAGCCCCGGCAUUGCCAAACUUGCCCCGGCACCGGGAAACAAUGUGACUCGACUGUGGACCGAGGUGGAAGCCAUCGGCAGUUGGGGAAAUAAAAGGAGAUGCUGGACGCUGACUAGGCCCCCAUCUUUCUCUGCUGACAGCCUUUGCCGGCACCCUUUUAUUCGACGACCUACCCCCACACACGACGACCAUGUCCCAGCAGCCCAUGGCCGCCACCGCGCCGGUGGAGAACGGCGUCGAGAAGGUCGACGCCAAGCACUACGAGUCCAAUGGCUUUGCCGACAACGGGAGCGAUCACGAGAAGGGCGACACCCGUUCGGAGGGCGGAAUCCAGAAGGACAUUGACGCCGACAUCGACCCCGUCUUCCUCAAGCGCCUGAGGCGCAAGAUCGACUUCCGUCUGAUUCCCGUCCUCUCCCUCAUGUACGCCAUCUCGUUGAUCGACCGCACCAACCUGGCCAUCGCCCGUGCUGCCAACAACAACCAGAUGGACAGGGAGCUCGAGCUCAACAUCAACGGCGGCGACAACAACCGUUACUCGGUCAUCACACUCGUUUUCUUCGUCCCCUACAUCAUCUUUGAGAUCCCUUCGCAGAUCGGUCUGCGCAAGUUCGGCGCUCGCAUCUGGCUUGGCUCUGCUGUUCUUCUUUGGGGUAUCGUCAUGCUUACCAUGGGUUGGGCCAACAACUGGUCGGCUCUCGCGGCGCAGCGCGCCAUUCUUGGUCUUUUCGAGUCGGCUCUCUUCCCCGGUGCCGCCUACCUCAUUUCGUGCUGGUACCCCCGCAAGGACAUCGGCGUCCGCACCUCGAUCUUCUACAUUUCUGCCGCCGUUGCUGGUUCGUUCGCCAAGCCUCUCGGCUACUGCUUCUCGCUGCUUGACGGCAAGGGGGGGCUCACCGGCUGGCGCUGGCUCUUCAUCUUCUACGGUGCUCUUACCAUUCUUAUCGCCGUCAUCGGCUACCUCUUCAUCAUCGACUUCCCCGACAAGGCUACCUACCUCACCGAGGAGGAGAAGCGCAUCGUCACCCUUCGCAUCCAGCGUGACCGUGCCGACGCCGCUCCCGACCCGCUUACUGCUGCCAAGGUUUGGAAGUACAUGCUCCUCUGGCAGCCGUGGCUCUUCGCUUUCAUGUUCAUGAGCACCACCACCGCCACCUACUCGCUCGCCUACUUCCUUCCCACUAUUCUUACGCAGAUGGGCUUCAACAACAUCGAGUCGAUGAUGCUUGGCACUCCUGCGUACUUCUGGGCCAUCGUUCCUGCCGUCGUCUGCGGCAAGGUCGCCGACAAGUACCGUGGCACCCGUGCCUUCAUGGUCAUGAUCAACGCCGCCUGCAUCAUCAUCGGCACUUGCAUGUACGCCAAGCUCCCCAUCGCCCAGAAGAACGCUCGUUUCGCUGGCAUCUUCUUCGCCGUUGGUGGUGGCAACUCGAACGUUCCCCUCAUCAUCUCGUGGCAGGCGACCGCCAUUCGCUCGCAGUCUAAGCGUGGCUACGUCUCUGCCCUCUCGGUCGCCUUCGGCGGCAUUGGUGGUAUUCUCGGCUCUGCCAUCUUCUUCAACAAGGAGGCUCGCCGUGGAUACCCCACUGGUGUGAACAUGACUCUCGGCCUUAACGCCUUCACCUUUGCCUGCGCCGGCUUCCUGCACAUCUACAUGCGCAUGAUGAACCGCAAGGCCGACAAGGGCGAGACGGUUAUCGAGGGUAACGAGGACUUCCGCUACCAGCCCUAAGAGGCUUGCGCGGACACGGGAUGUUAGAGAGGAUAGAGGGAGAGGAUCAGUUUGGGCAUUGCGCAUUGGUAUAGGGAGGUUACUGUUGGGAAGGAGAGGAAGUAAUGGGGAGGUUGUAGCAGUAGCAGUAGCAGACAGCGUAGCAGGGUCGUAGUUGCAUCACCAUGAAGCCUGAAUGAUUGGC